CCUUCCAUUGCAUUUCUCCACCAGCGGACUAACCAGGCCCCUCGCAGCCGCUACACGGUGGCCCCGAGCCGGGCUGAUUCCCACCACAGACCCGGCAGGUGUGACGGUGGUGGUACACCGGCGGACGGCGGGCAACGUUGCCCCCUCUGGAUGCUGGAUUUACGGACUGCUGUGCGGGAAACACUCGGGGAUGUGGAGGAAAUCCUAAUCAAAGGGUAAAGGCGGAUAACCAGGAGGUGAGGCUGGUGAAAUUAUUGUCUGGGGGAGGGUGACGCGCACUUCACAACAGCCCCUGCGCUGUCAGACGAGGAAGUGCUUUAUACACGCCCAUUUACAGCCUGUCGACCCUGCUCAAAAAGCCUCAGACCCGCUCAUCAGAUAACAGCAACAGACUUUAUAAACAUGCGGUCACUCUCGGAUGGACGGUACCGGGAAUAAGCUGCAGGACGACGCCGAUCUCAGCGGUGAGCUAAAGUGUUGAAGGAUGGACCGGGAGCUGGUUCGACAGAGCCAAUCAGAACACGGAGAGGCCACCAAUGGAACCAGCCCUCAGACCUCCGCCACCACCCCUACGACCCCCACCCCUCCACGGCUCACCCCCAACCCCAUGCUCCUGGACUCCCCUGCACCCACACUGACGCCCACCACCUCCUCGCCUCCCCCACCCCUCACCCCUGCUCCCUCCGUGACGGCCACCCACGGCCCAAAGCUGGCGGUGGCGACAGCUGCGUCUCCCCACAUCCUCGUCCCCGCUCCCCCAAAACUCACCCCCACUGCGACCCCCGCCCUCCGCACGUACUCUCGUCCAAUCCUUCCCUCCCCGACGGGCGUCUCUAAAGCAUCUCCUAGCACACAAACCUCCCCCUCCUCCUCCUCCUCUCUCCUCCCUCCGUCCUCCUCCUCUUCUUCCUCUCCUGUCAUAGCCAGCACCACCUCGCCCCUCCUCUCCUCUUCUUCACACAGCAGCACCACCACGUCAACCAAGACCUCCACCAGCCUGACCAACGGGAACACCAGGCCUGUGUCGACGUCGACCUCCACACCAAUCACGCCCUUUCACACACCAGCCAGUCCACCUGGCAGACAGGUAUCACAGGCUCAUCCUGUGGGCACACCUGGUCUUGUGCGAGCCAAUCAGAGCCCCUCCCCUGUCAGGCAGAGGGUAUCCCAGCAGGCAUUGCUCCUAGGGAAAGGUCUCAAAGGGUCUGGCCAAGACCAGGUGCUGCUUAGAGCUCAGAUGCUGAUUCUUACGUCUGCUAUGCGACCUGCCUUGUCCUCUUCUUCCUCCUCCUCUUCUUCCUCUCCCCCUUCCUCUAACCCUGCCUCCGCUCAGCUCCAGAGUCUCACCCUGAGGCCUCCUCCCCCCGGGGCCCUCACCAUCCCUCCCUCCCUCCGCCUCAAGCCCCCCUCCUCAGCACCGCCUCCCCUCUCUCGCCCCCACGCCCCCCUCUUCCCACCUCUAAGGCCGCGACCGCAGCCCAGCACCACGGCAACAGAGAGCCCAACAACGCCCAGCCGCCACCUCUCCGUCCCUCCUCCAACUCUUUACUCUCCAGUUCGAGCCGUCCCUCUGAGACCCAGACUUCACUCUCCGAACGGGCACAGAGCGGCGUCGCCAAGGCAAACCUCAUCCCUCCAACCAAUCGCUGCUGCUCCUGCCAGUCACGCCUCUCCCAUCAGCCGGCAACUGGCUGGACUAAAGAGCUGUCCGUUAACUCAAACUAUGCUCGGGCCCAGCCAAUCCCAGCACAGCUCAUUAUCUGUGACCAACCCCAUGUCUGUCUCCUCCCAUUUCGAGCGCUCGCCCUCUGCGGCGAGGCAGCUACAAAUCAUUGCCCUCUCUUCGGGCCGCCAGUCGCAAUCCAGCACGUACACCCACACUGUGCAGUCGGCGCCUCCGGUUGUAGAGUCGCCUGAGCUGUCCAGCCAAUCAAAGAGGACUCUGGGCGGGGAAGACGUGCUUCCUCUUCCUUUGAACCCCACGUUGCCAAAAACCACCUCUCCUCUGCCCUCGCCUCCGUCCCUCCUGAGUCCAGCAUCCCCUUCGAGUCAGGCCGGUCCUCAAACACAAACUCUGACGCAGAAAGGAGAGCCGAAGGAGAGCGAAGACCAGCGGGAGAGAGGGCGAGGGGUGAGACAAGGAAUCCGAGAUGAGGGGAGUGUUGGUAAGGACCUGAAGGUGGAGAAAGAUGACCAAAGAGAGAAAGUGAAGGAGGAGAAACAGAGGCUUUCAACUGAGAAGGAAGGAAGCCUCGUCAGUCAGAAGGAACCGGAAGUCCAAACAGUCAGAGAGGAAGAGCAAAUGGAAGUGACAGAGGAAGGUCAGAGUGACAGAGAGAGGGCGGAAAGGGUUGAGGAGAAAAAGAUGGAGGAGGAAGAGGAAGGCGAGACCGCUAUGGACCAGUCUGAGAACCUGAGCACUCAGGUUCUCCCUCCGUACCAGAACGCAGAUCCUACUCCAACGCCCGUUAAAGACUCCAGCUUGGAACCAAAACCCAUCCUGGGUCUCAUUUCAGCCUCAGAUCCAGUCCAAACCCCUGCUUCAGUCCCAGUAACUGCACAAGUACCAGCUCCGGUCCCGGAGGUCUCUGUCCAAAGUCAGAGGCUACCAGAGUCUCAUCGGGACCUCCAGCCGGUCAGCCAGGAGGACUUCUGUGAGAACAUGUCAACACAGUCCGACAACCAGUCAGCAUUGUCCAGCCUCUCCUCUCAGUCUCCGCCCUCCUCGCCCUUCAUCACCCCGUCGGCAGAAAACCCUCCUCCCCUCCUCCCCGCUCAGGCCGCCCGGCCGACCGACCUCAACCUAUCGCAGCACGAGACAGAGAAGGUCGACAAAAUGGUCGCAGACGAGUCGCAGCAGCACCGGGCCGCGACCGAGACUGAGACCGAGCCCCUCGGCCAAUCGGGAGACGAGUCGGAGAGCUUCGGCCAAUCGCUGAGCAGCCCCUGGGAGCCGAGGGCGUGGCCUGAGGGGCGACAGGUUCUUACUCACCUGGUGGAGGGAUUUGUCAUCCAGGAGGGGCUCCAGCCGUUUCCUGUGAACCGCUCCUCAUUGCUGGUUCCAGAGCAGGUGACCAAACCACAGGAAGUCAACGGGACCAAUGGGAAAGCAGCGUUACCGGUGACAGACACAAUAAAACAAGCUGAGCCGUCCACUGACUCCGAGCAGGAGGAGGCCGGAGACACAGACGACCCCGGGAACAGGUCGGCCCACAGGGACAGGACAGUGCUGCACUGCCAGUUCUGCGGGAAGAGAGGCCACGCACACAACUUCAUGCGGUCCAAGCGCUUCUGCUCCACUUCCUGUGCACGCGGGUUUAACGUUCGUCUGACGAAGCGUCUGCGGGCCCUGAGUGCAGGCAGUCGGUCAGAGAGGCCCCGCCCAGCCCUGAACAGGGCAGAGUCCGUUCCUGGGAAACCUCUGUUACUGCGACUGCCUCGUGAUCUCUGGAGCGCCGGGCGGCGAGAGAAGGAGGGGAAGGAGAAGGCAGCAGCGGCAGAAGAGGAGGAGGAGGAGGAGGACAUGCGGGGAGGAGGGGAGGAGGAAGACGAUGAUGCUGGGGAGGAGGAUCCCGCCAUCGCCAUGACAGCCAGGAUGGAGCGUCGGGCGGCGCGGAGAGCGAGGAGGGCGUCUGCGCCCGCCUUGACCACCUCUUCGCCCACGACCACGUUCAAACCCGCCCCCUCGCAGUGGAGCGUGGAGGAAGUGACAGCCUUCAUACACACACUGCCAGGCUGCAGUGACGUGGCGGAGGCUUUCCGGCUGCAGGAGAUCGACGGCCAGGCCCUGCUGCUGCUGACCGAGGACCACCUGAUGACCAGCAUGAACAUCAAACUGGGGCCGGCUCUCAAGAUCUGCGCCCACAUCAACUCGCUGAAAAACCAGUGAGAGAAAACACAGACAGACGGACAGACAGAGGAAACAAGAAGAGAAGGUCAGGGCGGGAUGUCGAAGGAAAACAGGCAAUAAAGAUGCGCGAAAACCGAAAACGGAGGAAGUUUAAAGGAGAGUUUUUUGUGGUUUACGGAAAAAAACAAAAAAAGCUGACACCAAGGAUGACAGAACAAAGUCACAAAAAGAGAUUUGUGGUAAUUUAUGAGAUUAUAAAUCGAGGUGUGGCCUUAAGACGGGAACAGAGGAGGUUUUUUGCAGAAGCAUGAAGACACCAGAAGAAAAUGUCGUCCAGUUUCGGGCCCUCUGACUGUAGCAGGAGACCGGGGGGAAUUUUUGUAACUUUGUGUACAUUUUACAUGCCGCUGGAGAAAGUGUAAAUUUGAAGCUAUUUCAUGAAGGAUUUUGAACAUUUAAUAUAUAAAAUUUGUCUAUUUAGUUUUUUUAGAACGUGACGUCCAUGACAAAUCUAUCCCGUAGCUAACAUAACCGGUGUGUGUAAAACAAAAAAUAAUAACGAUACGUAGACUUUGUAAGUGAUUAAUGAAAGUUUAAUGUUUUAUAUCACUAUAUUCUGGACAAAAACUAUGUCUGUGGAUUAAAAAGAAAGUCACUAUCAGGGUAGAGACUGGUGUCUUUAAUCGUCACAUUUUUAUGGUAUCCUGCUUGAAAUUAUUUAAUAAAUGAAUAAUUAAUCAAA